GGGCGGAGCCGAGCCCCGGUAGCGUGUGGUGACACCGAGCAGUUCCCGGUGUCCCCCCGCCGUACUCCGCCACCGCCAUGGCCACCGGCAAGAGCCUUGUCAUCUUCGGUGGCACCGGCAGGACCGGGCUGACCACGCUGGCCCAGGCCCUGGAGGAGGGGUAUGCAGUGACGGUGCUGGUUCGGGAUCGGGCCCGUCUGCCAGCGCAGCAUCAGCCGGCUCGUGUGGUACUGGGGGAUGUGCGGGACCCCGCGGCCGUGGACGAGGCCGUCAAGGGACAGGACGCCGUCAUCAUCCUCCUGGGGACAAGGGACGACCUGGGCCCCACCACGGUGAUGUCCGAGGGUACCAAGAACAUCGUGACGGCCAUGAAAGCCCACGGCGUCCGUAAGGUGGUCGCCUGCCUCUCAGCUUUCCUGCUGUGGGACCUGCAGAAGGUGCCCCCCCGGCUGGUGCCGGUGACAGAGGACCACAUCCGCAUGCACCGUAUCCUGCAGGAUUCGGGGCUCAACUGUGUCUACGUCAUGCCCCCCCACAUCGCCGAUGACAAGCCGCUGACCGGAGACUACACGGUGACGGUGGGUGCGUCUGGCGGUUCCCGGGUCAUCUCCAAGCAUGACCUCGGCCAUUUCCUUCUCCGCUGCCUCCGCACCUCCUGCUAUGAUGGGAAAAGCGUCUACAUUUCCCGAGAUUAUUCCAAGGAUUAGGGGGAUCCCUCGGGAUCAGGGUGUCCCCCCAAACCCCUGCCUCCCCAUCCCCAAGGAGAUUAAAAUCCAGCUUUUUCCCAGCCUA